CCUUAAGCAGGGUUCUUUGGGUCUUGAACAAUUGCUUUAAACGUAAGAUUACUUCGAAAAUGUCUGGAAGCAAGGUGAAGCUUAUGAGCUCGGACACGCAGAUGUUCGAGGUCGACGAAGAAGCUGCUUUUCAGUCCCAGACAGUUAAGAACUUGGUAGAAGAUGCUGGUACAGACGACGCCAUUCCGUUGCCAAAUGUUUCUGGCCGGAUCCUUGCCAAGGUUAUCGAGUAUUGCAAAUAUCACGUAGAGGCCGAGAAGAAGGGUGCAGACGAUAAGCCGAUGAAGACUGAAGACGAAGUGAAGCGCUGGGACGAAGAGUUUGUGAAGGUGGACCAAGCUACCCUUUUCGACCUCAUCUUGGCGGCGAACUAUCUUAACAUCAAGGGCCUUCUAGACCUUACCUGCCAAACGGUAGCGCAAAUGAUUAAGGGGAAAACACCAGAAGAAAUUCGCAAGACGUUUAACAUCAAGAACGACUUCACGCCGGAGGAGGAGGAGGAGGUCCGCCGCGAGAACCAAUGGGCGUUCGACUAAGCAUCCGUGGCAUGGCUUGGCGAGCGAGCGGCGGUACAGAGAAGGGUUCGAUGUGGGGUCUUCAGGACAGGCAAUUCCGGUCAGGCAGGGGGUUUGGCCAGGAAAGGAUGCUGGACACUUGUGUUCUCUUACGUCCGACAGUUGUCAAAAGUCGUUGGGCCCAACGCCGGCCAGGAUGAGGACGCGUGAUGAGGGUCGAGGAAGCGGGUAGUAUUAAAACGCAGCGCGUGGGCGGUACCUUUCAAAUCUGUGCAAGCUUUUACGGUAGAAGUCGUGAAGGAAGGGUGUUGCGCUCCAUGCGAAUAGUGGUUGGAAGUCAGCUCGUUUGGAUUCUAGUCGUGUGUUUGUUGAUUUCCAACCUGGACGUUUUCAACGCAAUCUUGGGCGGGGGCAUGCAGGCACUCCACAUGCCGGCCUUCUUCGCGGGAUUGUUUUUCCACAUAUGACUUGCAGGAUUUUGGCCUGGGGGAAAGGCGAUGCCGAACGUGUGUACAGACACAUUGUUUUUCGUUGUACUAUUUUACAUGACAAGGUAUUAUAGCAGACUUUUGGCGCACAGCGGAACUGGGUUGGCCAUUUAUCAACUAUGUUACAAUUGGUCGGAUGUCCUGACAUAAAACCCGCAUUCCUGCUGCACGUGUGAGACAUGACAAAACCGUUGAUUUCGCAGCGAUGCUGCGUUAAUCAUAUUGAAAGAGUUUCAUUGCCCCA